CGGAAAGCAUGGGUGCCUCAUGUUUUUCAUAUGGCCACGGUAUAAGAUGUACGGGUGAAUCGUGUACGUACCUUCACAUUCCUACCUAUCCCACAAGAUGCGCUUCGACAUAUUCAAACGGCUUGGUGGCCGCAAUAGCUUAUCUAGGUUUCCUAUGGCGGAGGAUUCUGCUAUGGAUGUUUGGAACGAUUACCCUCAGACAUACGAGGGCAGCAGGAACCCUCAGGGAUCGGUUCAUUCCCGCACUCAGGCUAGUGGUGAAUCGAACAGGCGGCGUCGUCUACAAAAACGUGCAUCUGGCUCGCAGAAAUCACAACCUCAAUAUCGUCGAGCUAGCCGCGGCAUUGGCUAUUCUACAACUAUAACAGAGCCUAUGGAGUCCUUUGAAAUACUUCCCAAUCCUGAAACAGAAGUGGGGGUCUACCACCACAAUCCGGAUGGAUCUUCGCCGACUUCUAGCCCUAGAAGACUUUACUACGAAGACUUUUCCGCAGAGGAUUUGACGGAAGACAGCCAUGGAUUGACGCGCUCCUAUCCUAAACUCACCGACACGCUCCAUCCUCAGAUGUCGAGCAGAAGGCAAGGUGUCGAGCAUCAGCCGACUCAAAUACCGGUCGACGAGGAAGGGUACAGUCGUCGGCCAUCUUCUCUGGGUUAUAGUCAAAUUGAGGGUCCCAUUCUGCCGUCACUAUUUGACGGACACCCUUCACGACCGCCCACGUCAGACUCGAGCUCAUUCAACUACGAUCAUUCAGAUCCGAUGCUACAAGACGUGCCGCGUAGCAAGCCCGUAUACCACGACCCGGAGAUGGGUGUUUCUCCUUCAGUUCCUGUACACCAUUCUCAUACAGAGGAAAGACAUCCUCGGAGACACACGCAUCAUUCACGGUCUCAUCACCACAAGCGGAGCCGUCGUAGGAAUUCUCACGAUCAAGAGCGUAAGAAGCCGUCCACAUAUUACAUCGUUCCUGGGGGAAUGAGAGUGAUAUUCCGAGACAGAGAGGGCAAUGAAAUUACUCGGGUUGGAAAUUGGACUGAGACGCGGCAAAAACAUAUAUCGCCUAUUGUUGUUCAGGACGAGAACGGAAACGUUCUAUACAGAUCAGACUCAGGUUCUCAGUCGUCAAACUCCCCGCUACCCCCACGAACGCCACCAGCUGCGGCAUGGCAAGACAAGGAAUGCCCGAACUGCACACGACAACGGAGCUCGAAUGCUUUGAGGCAGUCAGACCUCCGAAGUUAUAUUUCGUAUCCCAGGGAUGAACGGCCUAAUAUAGUCUUGAUAGAUGGAGAGGGCCAACAGAUACCCCUGUAACCUACUCAUUCUAUGACAAAGUAUGCUUAAGGCAGCGUAUACAUAUGUUUACAAGCGAAAGGGGUUCGGUGUUUAUCAGUCGCAAAUAACCUCAUCUUCGCCUUCGACUACGGGCAUGGCCACGAGUGCCUAAGCCUCGAUGUGACCGGCCUUGAACGUUA